ACAUUGUAAAACAAAAAUUAUAACAGAAUUCCGAUAGAAACCUGUACAAAUAUGAGCUCAUUCCUAAUGGGUUAUCAUCCACAUGCACCCCAUCAUGUUCAAAGUUCCAUGGGCAUGAACAAUGGAUUGGAUCCGAAAUUUCCACCCGUUGCCGAUGAUUAUCAUCAGUACAACAGCCACUAUUCGAUGACUGCCUCCACGGGUCAUAUGGUACCAGGAAGUGGCGCUGGUGGAAUGCCCUCACAUCCCCAUGCCACCCAUCCCGCGGAUAUGGUCAGUGAUUAUAUGGCAGCGGCAGCUCAUCAUCAUUCCGCCACCAGCCACCAUCAUCCGCAUUCCCAUGCUCAUACGAAUAGUGCACUGUCGGGUCACCACCAAACGUCCAGUUACACCAAUUAUGCCUCAACUACACCCACCCAUCAUCAUCACCAUGCCCACCAUCAGAAUCUCGGUUACUAUAAUCAUCAUGCCGCUGCGGCGGCUGCAGCAGCCGCUGUACAUCAUACACCGGAUUAUCUGUCGGCGGGUCCAGCGUUACACAACGAUCCGUCGGUAACCUCACUUGGCACAACUAAUACUUAUGCUCCAGCGUUAACAUCGCCGAAUGGCAGUGGCAAUCCCAUCGCCACCAAUGGAUAUUACGGUGGUUACUAUGGUACAAAUGGCAGUGUGGGUAGCACACACUCUCAGGGUCAUUCACCUCACUCCCAAAUGAUGGAUAUGCCACUGCAGUGUUCCUCCACAGAACCACCAACGAACACGGCACUGGGUUUGCAAGAGUUAGGAUUAAAAUUAGAAAAACGUAUUGAAGAGGCUGUACCUGCGGGGCAGCAAUUACAGGAACUGGGCAUGAGGCUGCGCUGUGAUGAUGAAGGUUCGGAAAAUGAUGAUAUGCUGGAAGAAGAUCGUCUAAUGUUAGAUCGAUCGCCAGAUGAACUGGGAUCAACUGGUUUAGAUGAUGAUAUUUUGGAUUCGGAUACUGAUGAUGAUAUGAUGGUUGAAACAACAGAUGGCGAAAGAAUUAUAUAUCCAUGGAUGAAGAAAAUACAUGUAGCUGGUGUUGCAAAUGGUUCAUAUCAGCCAGGCAUGGAACCAAAAAGACAACGUACCGCCUACACACGCCAUCAAAUACUGGAAUUGGAAAAAGAAUUCCAUUAUAAUCGUUAUUUAACCCGCAGAAGACGUAUUGAAAUUGCCCACACAUUAGUGCUGUCGGAGAGACAAAUUAAAAUUUGGUUCCAAAAUCGACGUAUGAAAUGGAAGAAAGAUAAUAAAUUACCAAAUACAAAGAAUGUACGCAAAAAGACCGACGCAAAUGGCAAUCCAAUAACACCAGUGACCAAAAAACCAAAACGAGUCAGUGCUAAAAAGCAGGCGCAACAGCAACAACAACAGCAGCAGCAGCACCAACAAUCACAACAGCCUGUGAUAAAUGAGUGUAUGCGCUCAGAUAGUUUAGAAAGUAUGGGUGAUGUGAGUACAUCAUUAAAUAAUCCACCAUAUAUACCAGCAGCGGGUGAUGCUGCAAGUUUAAUGAACCCACAACAAAUGCCCUGUAAUACUAACAACAACAAUAAUAGUCUACAUCUCAACAACAACAACAAUAAUAGUAAUAAUAACAACAACAAUAGCAAUAAUAAUACAAAUCCAAUGCAAUCAAAUCUACAUUCACAACUUCAACAAGGGCAUGUGCAACAUACACAAGAUCUAAUGACAAACUUGCAACAGCACAUAAAACAAGAUUACGAUCUGACCACACUUUAG